AACACUUACAUUAUUAAUCAUGUCUCCCAUUUCAGUCAUGCUGAAUCUCACUUUUGCCUUGUCGAUGAUUUGUCCCUUCAUCAAUGGAUGCCCAGCUGAUGAAAGAAAUUACUUGUUAGAUUUCAAAGGAGGCCUCCUCGAUCCAACUGGUCGCCUGUCAUCAUGGCAAGGCUACAAUUGUUGCGAGUGGAAGGGUGUUCGUUGCGACUUCCAUUCAGGCCAUGUCAUCAGCCUUCAUCUCAAAAACCCUGUUACUAGCUACUGGGAUAAACCCAAAAAUCUUAGUGGGGCGAUACAUCCGUCACUGUUCAAUCUGCAGUAUCUUCAGCAUCUGGAUCUCGGAAACAAUGAUUUUGAUGGUGCUUCCAUCUCUCCAGAGUUUUCAAAACUGCAGAGCCUUACCUUCCUUAGCUUGGCAAGUGCUGGAUUUGGAGGCGAGGUCCCUGUGGAGUUGGGGAAUAUCACAACCUUGCGCCAGCUCGAUCUCUCAGCAGAUUCUCGUACAUACUACUUCACUACUCUCCAGAGUAGGAAGUUUGCAGGAUGGAUACAAAACCUCAGAAGCUUGGAGUAUCUGGCUAUGAAUAAUGUGGAUAUGUCGAUGACAAAUGAUCACUGGAGAAACGCCCUCAGCAGCCUCCCUAAUCUUCGGGAGAUUUACUUGUCUUGGUGUAAUCUUGAAGGUACAAUACCGUCUCUUCUAAAUCUCACUCACUUAUCCGAUCUCGAUCUUUCAAUGAAUUCAUUUUUUUCCCCAUUGCCAGCUUGGUUUCAGAAUGUCUCGUCCUUGGUUUCCCUUGAUCUGUCUGAUAAUGGUGUAAACGGUUCCAUUCCUUCAAAUUUUUUGCACCGUUCAAGUCUGAGAAAUCUUGACCUGUCAUUUAACGAUUUGGAAGGAAGCCUAUCUUUCAUUCAAUACCAAUCUUCCUCAAUAGCCAACCUUAACCUCCACCGGAACUGGUUAGACGGAAUAAUUCCUCUUUUCUUUGUGGAUUUUACUGAACUUAAAAAUCUGGUUCUGGCAAAUAAUUACUUGACAGGGGACUUACCUCCGCUUGGAUCUGCAUUAGGGGAAGUCUUACCACUUUCAGUAAUCGAUCUUUCCUUAAACAAAUUGACGGGCAAUAUACCACCCUCUAUUGGUUGUCUUCCUCUGUUGAGAAGCCUCAAUCUGGAAAAUAAUCAGCUUUCAGGAAAAAUACCAGAUACCCUUUUCAAGCUCGCUAGAUUAGAAAACCUGAAACUUUCUACCAAUAACUUAACCGGGAUCUUUUCUCUUUCCAUGAUGGAUAACUUCACUGAGCUUCGAGAAUUGGGCCUUUCUAACAACAGCUUUACAGUUAGCAUUUCUUCAAGUUGGAUUCCACCGUUUCCCCAUCUGAGGUACCUGGGAAUGAGAUCUUGCAAUGUUGAAGGAGAUUUUCCAGCUUUUCUGUCUACUCAAUAUUCGCUAGUAGACUUGGACUUGUCAGAUAACAAGAUUGUAGGAGCUAUUCCGACAUGGCUAUGGGAUCUUCCCGUUCUUGAAGUGGUCACUCUUUCAAAUAAUCAGCUACAAGGUUUUCUACCCUCGGUAAUAUCCAAGAAAUUCGAGAGGGUAGACUUGAAAAGAAACAAAUUACAAGGUUCUCUUCCAUUUUUCAAGAACUGCAUGUAUUUUUUUGAUGGGUCAAAGAAUAAUUUUACUGGUUCACUUCCUGCUACAAUGUAUGCUGGUCAUAUACUUCUCUCAGGUAAUAAUUUAACUGGAGAAAUUCCAUCUUCAUUCUGCUCAGUUCAUACUGAGCUUGUGCCCCUCUCAACUAUUUAUCUGGACUUGUCAAAGAACAAUCUGAAGGGCACUAUUCCUCCAAAUUUGUGGGGAUGCAACCAGUUGGUGGUUUUAAAUUUGGCUGAGAACGAUUUGCAGGGGGAGAUACCAGAGCAAAUGGGAAAAAUGAGGUCUCUUGAUACACUAAAUCUCUAUGGUAACAAUUUACAAGGUACCAUUCCUUCAUCCAUUGUAAAUUGUGGAUACCUACGAGUAUUUGAUUUAGGGAGCAACCAAAUUCAAGGGAAGAUCCCAGUUUUGUUUUCUGAGCUGCAAAGGCUCCGAAUCCUGAACUUGGCUUCAAAUCAAUUUGAAGGCACUAUUCCUGCUCUCCUGCUUGAGUUGGAGUUCCUACAGAUUUUAGAUUUAUCCCACAAUUGUUUAUCAGGACCUAUUCCUAAAAAUCUAGGAAAGCUGUAUGCUAUGGCCAAUGAAUCGCCUAAUGAUGAAUCAGAAUUCGGUAGACCCGUCGUAGAAGAUGAUGCCUUUCAUGACUAUUAUUCCCUAAUUCCGGAUCAGGUUACUCUUUGGGUUAAAGGGCGAGCACUUCCAUAUGAAAAGAUAUUCAAGAAAUUUAGAUUUAUGGACCUAUCUAACAACAAGCUCUCAGGCAAUAUUCCUCCAGAAGUAGGUCUUCUCAAGAAUCUAAAUGCUUUGAACUUCUCAAGAAACAAUUUAAGUGGUCCCAUUCCAAAAUCUGUGGGAGGCUUGGUUCAACUGGAGUCCUUGGAUCUCUCAGCAAACAAAUUGUCUGGAAGGAUUCCCUCAGAACUUCUGAACCUCACGUUUCUUGAAGUUUUGAAUGUUUCAGACAACAUGCUUUCUGGUUUGAUACCGCAAGGCAAGCAAUUUGCAACCUUUGACGCUUCUUCUUUUUCAGGAAAUCCAGAUCUACAUGGACCUCCAUUAGAAAAUAGAACACUUAGCCAUGGUUUUGGUGGGAAUGGCAGCCCAGGUAGCCAAGAAGAAUCAAAUAAUAAAGAGAAACAAGAAGAGGAAGAGCAAAAGGAUGAUGAAAUGAAGAGAUGGUGGGCAGUGUCAGUGGGAUUGAGUUAUGGGGUGGGAUUUGCCACUGUAAUUUCAGUGCUGUGCUUCCAAUUCAGAUGGAGAUACGAAUUUUUCAGUUUUCUGGAUAAUCUUUUGCCACAUAUCUUUGGACGGUGGCGUUGAGAAGAUACCAGUGGAAACCUACUGCCUUCAUAUUAUAAGUAUUCCUAUUUAAAAUGUAUGAGAAAAUCUAAAAUGCACUGUUCUACCUCAUGUUAUAUUUUUAGUAAUGGAGUAUUAAAACUGAUCGUUGCAUGUAUUUUCAUAUACUUUUAUUUAUAAGGUAGCAAUGAAAUUGCCCUGUGGUUCGCUAUUGUCA